CUCACUUGGCUCUCGCCCUCCGGCGGGGAAGCAUGGGGCUUCCCAGGCUGGUCUGCGCCUUCUUGCUGGCCGCCUGCUGCUGCUGUCCUCGGGUCGCGGGUGUGCCCGGAGAGGCUGAGCAGCCUGCGCCUGAGCUGGUGGAGGUGGAAGUGGGCAGCACAGCCCUUCUGAAGUGCGGCCUCUCCCAGUCCCAAGGCAACCUCAGCCAUGUCGACUGGUUUUCUGUCCACAAGGAGAAGCGGAUACCCAUCUUCCGUGUGCGCCAGGGCCAGGGCCAGAGUGAACCUGGGGAGUACCAGCACCGGCUCAGCCUCCAGGACAGAGGGGCUACUCUGGCCCUGACUCAAGUCACCCCCCACGACGAGCGCAUCUUCUUGUGCCAGGGCAAGCGCCCUCGGUCCCAGGAGCACCGCAUCCAACUCCGCGUCUACAAAGCUCCAGAGGAGCCAAACAUCCAGGUCAACGCCCUGGGCAUCCCUGUGGACAGUAAGGAGCCUGAGGAGGUCGCUACCUGUGUAGGGAGGAACGGGUACCCCAUUCCUCAAGUCAUCUGGUACAAGAAUGGCCGGCCUCUGAAGGAGGAGAAGAACCGGGUCCACAUUCAGUCGUCCCAGACUGUGGAGUCGAGUGGUUUGUACACCUUGCAGAGUAUUCUGAAGGCACAGCUGGUUAAAGAAGACAAAGAUGCCCAGUUUUACUGUGAGCUCAACUACCGGCUGCCCAGCGGGAACCACAUGAAGGAGUCCAGGGAAGUCACCGUCCCUGUUUUCUACCCGACAGAAAAAGUGUGGUUGGAAGUGGAGCCCGUGGGAAUGCUGAAGGAAGGGGACCGCGUGGAAAUCAGGUGUUUGGCUGAUGGCAACCCUCCACCGCACUUCAGCAUCAGCAAGCAGAACCCCAGCACCAGGGAGGCAGAAGAAGAGACAACCAACGACAACGGGGUCCUGGUGCUGGAGCCCGCCCAGAAGGAACACAGUGGGCUCUAUGAAUGCCAGGGCCUGGACCUGGACACCAUGAUAUCGCUGCCAAGUGAACCACAGGAACUACUGGUGAACUAUGUGUCUGACGUCCGAGUGAGUCCCGCAGCCCCUGAGAGACAGGAAGGCAGCAGCCUCACCCUGACUUGUAAGGCAGAGAGUAGCCAGGACCUCGAGUUCCAGUGGCUGAGAGAAGAGACAGGCCAGGUGCUGGAAAGGGGGCCUGUGCUCCAGUUGCAUGACCUGAAACGGGAGGCAGGAGGCGGCUACCGCUGUGUGGCCUCUGUGCCCAGCAUACCCGGCCUGAACCGCACACAGCUGGUCAAUGUGGCCAUUUUUGGUCCCCCUUGGAUGGCAUUCAAGGAGAGGAAGGUGUGGGUGAAAGAGAAUAUGAUGUUGAAUCUGUCUUGUGAAGCAUCAGGGCACCCCCGGCCCACCAUCUCCUGGAACGUCAACGGCACGACAAGUGAACAAGACCAAGAUCCACAGCGAGUCCUGAGCACCCUGAAUGUCCUCGUGACCCCAGAGCUGUUGGAGACAGGUGUUGAAUGCACGGCCUCCAACGACCUGGGCAAAAACACCAGCGUCCUCUUCCUGGAGCUGGUCAAUUUAACUACCCUCACACCAGACUCCAACACAACCACUGGCCUCAGCACUUCCACUGCCAGUCCUCAUACCAGAGCCAACAGCACCUCCACAGAGAGAAAGCUGCCAGAGCCGGAGAGCCAGGGCGUGGUCAUCGUGGCUGUGAUUGUGUGCAUCCUGGUCCUGGCAGUGCUGGGUGCUGUCCUCUAUUUCCUCUAUAAGAAGGGCAAGCUGCCAUGCGGGCGCUCAGGCAAGCAGGAGAUCACGCUGCCCCCGUCUCGUAAGAGUGAAUUUGUAGUUGAAGUUAAGUCAGAUAAGCUCCCAGAAGAGAUGGGCCUCCUGCAGGGCAGCAGCGGUGACAAGAGGGCUCCAGGAGACCAGGGAGAGAAAUACAUCGAUCUGAGGCAUUAGCCCCGAAUCACUUCAGUUCCCUUCCCUGCCUGGACCAUUUCCAGCUCCCUGCUCACUCUUCUCUCAGCCAAAGCCUCCAAAGGGACUAGAGAGAAGCCUCCUGCUCCACUCGCCUGCACACCCCCUUUCAGAGGGCCACUGGGUUAGGACCAGAGCUGUCCUGAGAACCUCACUUGGCCCUAGAAGGCCCGCUUUUCAGGGACCAGUCCGUCACCGUCUCCACAUUGAGUGAAGCUCAUCCCAAGCAAGGAGCCCCAGCCUCCCGAGCGGGUAGGAGAGUUUCUUGCAGAACGUAUUUUUUCUUUACACACAUUACGGCUGUAAAUACCUGGCUCCUGCCAGCAGCUGAGCUGGGUAGCCUCGCUGAGCUGGUUUCCUGCCCCAAAGGAUGGCUUCCAUCAUCCAAGUGCACCACUGAAGUGAGGACGCACUGGAGCCAGGCGCCUGCUCAUGUUUAAGUGCGCUGUUCACACGGGCUCUGGAGAGCACCCCAGCAGCAUCCAGAAGCAGCUGCAGUGUUGCCGCCACCACCCUCCUGUCUGCCUCUUCCAAGUCUCCUGUGACAUUUUUUUCUUUGGGCAGAAGCCAGGAACUGGUGUCAUUCCUUAAAAGAUAUGUGCCACGGCCAGGCGCGGUGGCUCACGCCUGUAAUCCCAGCACUUUGGGAGGCCAAGGCAGGUGGAUCACAAGGUCAGGAGAUUGAGACCAUCCUGGCUAACACGGUGAAACCCCGUCUCUACUAAAAAUACAAAAAAAAAUUAGCCGGGCAUAGUGGUCGGCGCCUGUAGUCCCAGCUACUCGGGAGGCUGAGGCAGGAGAAUGGCGUGAACCCGGGAGGCAGAGCUUGCAGUGAGCUGAGAUCGUGUGAUUGCACCCCAGCCUGGGCAACAGAGCAAGACUCCGUCUCAAAAAAAAAAAAAGAUACGUGCCUGCAGUGAGGAGGCUGGGUUUUUGAGUUCAAAUGAAUUAGCCUCAACCGCCCGCCCGUGUUCGCUUGGCUCCCACGGCUGUCUUGAUGGAUCACGUGAGUGAAAGGCAAGGGAAGCGGACAAAGAUGAGGUCUACACUGCCUUUCACGGGGAUAAAAGCUAUGGUUAUAUUAGCACCAAACUUCUACAAACCAAGCUCAGGAGCCCCAACCUACAAGGGCCCAAAUGAGAGAAUGGUACUUAGGGAUGAGAAACAGGGGCCUGGCUACAGCUUUGGGUGUGUCUGUGUGUAUGCAUACAUAUGUGUGUAUAUAUGGUUUUGUCAGGUGUGUGAGUUUGCAAACUGUUUCCUUUAUAUAUGUAUAUAUAUAUAUAUAUGAAAAAUAAAGCUUAAUUGUCCCAGAA